CUAGAGGGUACUUGUGGGUUCAAGAGGCUUCUAUAACUAUCAGGGAAAAAUAUAGUCAGUGUGCUCAAAAUCUUUCGGUAACCAACUUUGAGGAGCUGCUACCAUGGCUUUAAGAAAUGCAACGGCUAAAAUGCUUCAAGGAGUGAUGCCCGUUAUAUCAAAGAGCCGUAACAUAGGGACAAUAGCAAGCGAAGAGGCUCAAACAUGCGUAGGGACGGUCCGUUCCCGUGAAAGGAAGAGCAUAAAAGAUGAAUUGUUGCCUAAGGGUAAACCCAUGGGAGACUAUGUUCCGGUGUAUGUAGCUAUAGGGAUGAUAGGACUGUCCGUAACGUUCGGGCUAAUGACCGCGAAGCAAGAGCUGUUGUAUGCCCCGGAUGUUCAUGUUAAGAAGAGUAGGAGAGAAACUUUGCCUGAGGUGGUGGAACCUGAAAAUGUUGUUCAUGAAUCUGAGGGGUUUGUUAAGAAGUCUUUCUUUAGGAAGAUUGCUCAUAUUCAAGAGAACAAGGAGCCUGUUAUUCCUAACCCCAUUCUAGGCGAUCCCCUUGCAAGAUUGUCACGAGUAGAAUCGUUGAAGACAGUGGGAGUCGACCCAAAAUGAAGGGGAUAAUUGUAACGACUGAUGGACUAUCUCGAAAGCCUUAUUAAUCCACGUUGUGCAUUUAUGUUGUUAAUCCAAAUGUGUUUACAUGAUAUUUCUGAUACAGAGAGGUUAAGAGGUGUACUGGAUUGUAUAUAUGCUUUGUAGUGUUUGUACACUGGAUUUGCUUAUGUAGCUUAACCCGUCAAUGAAACAAGCUUAUGUAUGAUUGGAUUGAGGAUUGUUGGACUUGUAUUAAAAUAAGACUUGGAAUCUA